GGAGACAGCAGCGAGCCAGAGCGUGCUGAUUUGCAUGUAAUUCUUGGUUCCUUGCUGGUUUAGUUUGGGUUGAACUGUUUUCAGGGCAGGAAAAACGAAUCUGGCAUUUCGGUACAAAAACAAACAAGGCUGCUGUUGUACUUGAUAAAGCUGGAGUUGCAGAUCCAGUGGUAGCCCAUUAACUCAGUGACAGCGGUGAGUUUCAGAGACCCCUGCGCUCUCCGGAGAAGGCAGUAAAUGUCCAUUUAGGAAGGCAAUAAAUAUUUGUGGAGUGAUUGAUUGUCAACACAGUAGGAUUUGCUUGUUGGGGGGGAGGAAAGCCAGAAAUCUUAGGACGCUGUUGUUAAACUGGUUUCAGCUUCUGCUACUUUCUCUCUUUCUUUUUUUUUCUCAGACAAGAUAGCUGGGUCAGAACUUAACUACCUAGAGGAAUUUUCUUGAGAUUCCAUCAUCCCCUUCUGCUUCUUUUAUUUCUCUCUCUCUAUUUAAUAGACCUUUGAAAUAGGUAUAUUCCCUCCACCUCCUCCACCCCCAGAGGGAACAAGAGCAACUCCAAGAUGUAAACAAGCAAAAAGAGAGCCUAAGAUACUAUGUAAACUAGAAAUUCCUGUCCUUGCUAUUCAUGGCGAUACCGUAGUCCUCAGAAAGAACAAAUGUGCUGGUCAGAGGUACUCUUCGAAGACACAGCGUGUGUGGGGCCUCUACCUUCUCCCUCCAGCCACUCUCUGCCCCAUCCUGUGCCUUUCUCAGAUGCCCCAUGUGUCCUUGUUUCCAUGUUUUGGGCUAUACUUGGCUCUGCUUACCAUGCUCUUCUUCCUACCCCUACCGUACAUGUUAUUUUAGUACCCGAAUCUCUGUCUCUCUCUUCUUUUUUCAUGUUUAUGUUUGAGAGAAGAGCGUGAGCUGGGGAGGGGCGGAGAGCCCCUCCAGGGCCAGACGAGUUCAGCCAAGAGUGCAUCCUCCUCAUCCCGCUGCGACAGCCAGGGUGGCUGGAUGUGACUGUGACUUUCUGGGUCACAAAUGAGGUGCAAGUGAUGACUACAAUAUCCAAAUACCGUCACCAUGCAUGUUCAAGCCAUUUUUGAGUAACACAGUCCUGGGUGAAUUGCUAGCUCUGCCUACGAGCUGUGUGUCCUUGAAUGAGUUACCUAACUUCACUGAAGUUCCCGGUUUUCACCUGUAAGGAAUGAGAUAGCAACAUACAUUAGAGUACUCCCUCUCUGAAAUGUAUCAUUUGAUGUUUAGCAAGUGAUUGCAUACUAUAGUUAAGAGCUGUUUGCCCAGCUGUCUUCCUGGGAAGGCUCUCAAUAGUGGGAAAGCAGCCAUAGGUUUGUUUUGUUUUGUUUUGUUUUGUUUUUUAAUUUUUUUUUAAGUAGUGUUUAUGGCCAGUGUGGGGCUCAAACUCAAGACCCUGAGAUCAAGAGUCGCAUGCUCUUCCGACUGAACCAGCCAGCCACCCCCACAUCCAUAGACACCCUACAAGGCACCCCUACAAGCCCUGUGACUUGUAGAACUCCUUGUCCUAGUCAGAAACCAGGAAAGGUGUGUUUUCUUGUCUCAGCAGGCCUGCUACACGUCUGCCUUUGUCCAGCCCCAGGACAUAGAUAAGCUAAUGUUCUUGGUUUCUGGCAGCUAAGCAGUCCUUAGCAUUUCUAUUUGGCAAAGUUCUGCAAAUCUUUGUUUUGAGUUUGGAAUGCUUCCCAUGGCAUUCCCCAAAGUAAUUACUUCAGGAUCCUUUUACUGAUGCCCAGCCUCACAUCCAUGACAUGCCUUGGUUGGACUUUUCUUGUGGCACUCACAUGGUUUAGGCUUGGAGCUUGUAUCUGCUUCUGGGGUUUUGUUGGUUUUGUGCUUUGUUUUGUUUUUUGUUGUUGUUGGGUUUUUGUUGUUGUUGUUUUUGAGUCCAAACUGGAAGGCAUUUAAACGUGCCUAUGCCCAGCCUGAGAAAGAUAAGAAUGAUCUCUCAUCUUAGAUGUUCUGUGUCUGCCUAGCAGCCUCUGCUCCAAAGCUCCUGGAAGUAAAAAUGGCCUUAGGUCUGGAGAUUAUCUCCUAUCCUAGAAACCUGGCAGUUGUUGUCCUGUUCUGACAAAACCCUUUCUUCACAUUCCUUGAUUGUGAAAUUAGAAACCCCGCACUCUCAGCCCUAGUCUCCUUCAGCCUCAUCGGGCCAUGACACGGUGUGGGAACAGUUCCCCAGGCUACCUGAGAUCCAAGGCAUGAAAGGUCUUCUGUUCCACCUUGCUCCUUGCAUGGAGCCCAUUUAUGUCCUGGGAAUGGAUGAGAACUUUAGGGCUUUCCCAGUCAUUCACCUCCUAGAACUCUGGCUCCAAAGAGGGCCAGAAUGGGUGACUGGGGCCUAAGGGCAUUGUCCGUGUUCCAGAAUACCACUGCCUGAACUGGUGUGUCAGUCUUCUAAAACAAGGUUCUGGGGGUGGGAGGGGGCGGCGCUUGGGUGGCUCAACUUUGGCGUCCCGACUUUGCCUCAGGUCAUGAUCUGGCAGUUUGUGAGUUCAAGCCCCUUCCUGACAGCUGAGUGCCUGGAGCCUGCUUCGCAUUCUGUGUCUCCCUCUUUCUCUGCCCCUCCCUCUCUCACCCUCGCCUUCUCUCUCUCUCUCUCACUCUCUCUCUGUCUCUCAAAAAAACAAAUAAACAUUAAAAAAUUAAAAAUAAAAUAAAACAAGGUUCUGGGGCAUUGACCAGGAUCUGCAUGUCUGCUCAGUGUUCAGCUGACCCUCAGUUCUGGUGUUUGCCCCAUUGGUAACUUUUGGUCUAGUAUCAUGACUCCUUUAUUAUUGUCAAGGAAAGAGCCUUUGGAGCUAGAGACUUAAUUCAAAUCCUUACUCUCUCAUGGCCAGCUGUGUGACCUGGGGCAAGGUGUCCAUAUGUCUCGGCUUCUACAACUGAACAGGGGUAAUACCUACAUCAUAAGUUUAUUGUGGUUGUUAAGUGAGAUGUGGGUUAAAUGGAGUUCUUAGUACAGAGUCUGGCUCAUUGUCAGUACUGAAAAAAUAGCUCUCCCCACCUCCAUCCCAGAAUUUAAAGAUUAUAAAUGUAUAGGCUGCCUAGAAAAACAUUGCCAAAAGAUUCCUAAAUCAACUGCAGUGAAAGGAUGAAUUCCAUUAGCCGUGCGUAUAUCCACUGUUGUAGUAUGUCUUCUUAAAUAAUAAAUUAAUCAGAAUCCAAAGGGUUUCAGCAUUACUAUCUUUGGGGGCUUUCUAAAUUGAGGAGGAGAAUGUUGGUCAGUGGAAGGAUGGCGGAUGGCUCAGACAUUGAUUGCUUGGAGCCAUUAACAGUUGUUAAACUGCAACAUUUUGACAACAUAAUCCUGCUUAAUUCUGGUUAGUGUGACUUCCUUUUUUUUUUUUUUUUUAAGCUGUUGAAUUCAGCAUUGAAUUAGAUUCUUCAUUGUCAGGCAGAUGACUAAAAUUGUAGAAGGAUUUGAUUUACCUUUAGUCUAUAAUGUAUGAGCCUGGGUCACUUACAUAACAAAAGAACUCCUUUUGGGACACCGGGGUGGUUCAGUUGUUUGAGUGGUUUGAGCGUCCGUUUGAGUGUCCAACUUCAGCUCAGGGCAUGAUCUCGCGGUUUGUGAGUUCGAGCCCUGCGUCCGGCUCUGUGCUGACAGCUCGGAGCCUGGAGCCUGCUUCGGAUUCUGUGUCUCCUUUCUGUGCCCCUUCCCCGCUUGUGCACGCAUGCAUGCGCGCUCUCUCUCUCUCAAAAAUAAAUAAAUGUAAAAAAAAAAAAGAACCCCUUUUUUUCCCAGACUAGUAGAAAUUGCUGAUGGCCAUCUGGCUUCUGAAAUCCAAAGGCUGACUACUUUGUCACUGAGUUGUGGUAACUUGGCAAAAAGUGAACUUGCCUUCCUGGGGAUGCCCACAUAUGUCAGUUCAAUCUCUUUUUCUUCUCACCUCCCCCAAAUCUCAGUGCUCAAUGAGGAUUAGUCAGCAAAGGGCAGGAGGCAAGGAUUAGGAGAUUAGUGAGAAAGAAGUCAUGAUCAGCAAUCACUUUGUUGGAGUAUGUGAUACUGUGCUAGGUGUAAUGCAUUGAGUUUAAUACUGCCUUAUACACAGGAUUUUAUAAUCUUACAAGAAGAUAAAAGUAGACAGCUCCUGAUUAGAAACACUGCUUUGGGUUACAUCCAUAAAAGGAAGAUGAUUCAUUAGGGGAAAAUCGGGAAGCCUAUGAUGCAAUUUUGAUAAUUUAGAUUGAACUUUUACAAAAUUAUUUUUGGAUUUCUAGUAAUUUUGCUGCAAUUGCACUUAUCCAGAGAUCACUGCUGCUGAAUAUUAUUUAGAAAUGUGGAAUGUUUCCAUAGCCCAUCAGACCAAGGGCCCUUGAGUAUUUUGCUCCUGGUGGUGUCCCCAGCACCUAGAACAGUGCCUGGCACAUUUGUGGGUGUUCAGUAGGCAUGGAAUGAAUGAAUAAGUACACUAACGCCAUGGUACUCUUUCCAGAGAAUUGAGGUGCCACACUAUCUUACUAGGUUAAGUUCAGACCAGCAUUACCCACGAAGGGCUACGGAUGCCCUUUCCUCCAGUUUGGCUAACAAAAGUCAUAAUGCUGCAUGCGUUUUGUGGUGGUCAGUGGUUGCCAGGGAACUGAGGAAAUGAAAGGAGGGUGUUGAAAGCUGUGCCUUGAUACCCAGGCCUGCCUGCCUCUUGUUCUCCUGUCUGCUGAUUUGGCCUGUGUGUGAGGGUGGGAGCCAGGCAUAUGUGAUAGCCUCUGUGGCUGUGUCUUGACAAUACACGUUUGCUGAAGAAUGCCUUCCUAGUCCCGAAACACCUGCAGCAGCAGAAGCCGCUUCUCUCCACACAUCACUCCUCUUCUCUUGUCCGUAGCAAUGAGGCUGCGAUUCAUUCUUUUUCCUGAGCCUCCAGGAAAUGGCUCAGCUUGCCUGGCUCAUUCAUUUCCUUGUCAGGAAAGUCAGUGCAACCUUGACCAUCAGUGGGAGACCUGCAGCAAGCACAUCGUGUGUCCGGCUGGACUCACUAACGAUCGAAAAGUACUUUUGGCAACACACCAUGCUGAUAAGGAAACCUGUGUGGGUACCAACAAUCAAAGCUACAUCUGUGACACAGGACACUGCUGUGGACAGUCUCAGUGCUGCAACUACUACUAUGAACUCUGGUGGUUCUGGCUGGUGUGGACCAUCAUCAUCAUCCUGAGCUGCUGCUGUGUGUGCCACCACCGCCGAGCCAAGCAUCGCCUUCAGGCCCAGCAGCGGCAGCAUGAAAUCAACCUGAUCGCCUACCGAGAGGCCCACAAUUACUCAGCGCUGCCAUUUUAUUUCAGGUUUUUGCCAAACUAUUUACUACCUCCUUAUGAGGAAGUGGUGAACCGACCUCCGACUCCUCCCCCACCGUACAGUGCCUUCCAGCUACAGCAGCAGCAGCAGCUGCCUGCGCAGUGUGGCCCCACAGGCGGCAGCCCCCCGGGCGCCGAUCCCACCAGGGGCCCCCAGGGGGCGCAGAGCAGCCCCUUGUCGGGGCCCAGCAGAAGCAGCACGAGACCCCCGAGCAUCGCUGACCCUGAGCCCUCCGACGUGCCAGCCAGCACAGCAGCCACCAAAGCCCCUGGGAUGGAGCCCAGUGGCUCUGUGGCCGGCCUGGGGGAGCUGGACCCUGGGGCCUUCCUGGACAAAGAUUCCGACUGUAAGGAGGAGCUGCUGAGAGAUCACAGCUCCGAGCAAGGCAGCGCCCUCCCCGAUAGCAAAGACAAGACUCCUGGCCGACAUCGCCGCUUCACGGGUGACUCGGGCAUCGAGGUGUGUGUGUGCAACCGGGGCCACCAUGACGACGACCUCAAAGAGUUCAACACGCUCAUUGAUGAUGCUCUGGAUGGGCCCCUGGACUUCUGUGACAGCUGCCACGUGCGGCCCCCCGGCGACGAGGAGGAAGGGCUCUGCCAGCCCUCCGAGGAGCAGGCCCGAGAGCCCGGGCACCCCCACCUGCCACGGCCGCCCGCGUGCCUGCUGCUGAACACCAUCAAUGAGCAGGACUCCCCAAACUCGCAGAGCAGCAGCUCCCCCAGCUAGAGCAGGCCCUAUCUGUGGCCUGAGAACUUGGCACAGCAACCAGGGUAGGGGGGAGCAUCAUGACAGAAGCAUUAAGUGACUUUCAGAAAAAGUGGUACAGCCACUUCCGUUCUUUGCCCCCCGCCCCUCGCUCCUGCAUUUUCCUACGUCUCCAGCUGCAGCUGGGGGUGUGGAUGCCUCUUUGCCCACAGGAGCACAGCGUUGUGGAGGGCUGAGAGGUUGGUUCGUUCUGUGACUCAUUCCUCAUAUCCCACCCUGUCCCCCCUUUUCUCUUUUCAAGUCAUAUCUCAGUACCUGCUUGGGUCAGAGAGAUGUGUGUUUCAGAAGCCCCAAGGAGGGGGCUGAGACUGUGCCCUGAGGUGACUUUGGUGGUGGAGUGGAUUUAUGCUCUGGUGUUCAUUUAAGAGAACUUUGCUGUGUCUCAGCCUGGGAGAGGUGGCAGGUCUCAGCCCUGGGUGAAUAAGGAAGGCCGCGGAGGCCCAGGGAUUGUCACCCCUCGCUGCCAAUGUCUGCAGAGCCAGAACUGGGCUCGUCCUGGGGGAAGAGGAGAGCUGAUAGGCAGUUGUGUGGUAGGUUGGUGGGGGGCUUGCUGCUCUCAGAUUCCAGGUGAUCAGGUCAGUGUACCACUGGGCAUCCUUGAGGGGCCCUUCCCAGCAGGUUUUGGCUGGCCACAAGACUGGUUCAGUGUGGAACAUCACAUCACCUUCUUUUUGGUUUCUCUUUAAACAACAACAGAGCUGAAAACAAGAACUUUAUCAGUGGGGGCAGGCCAGAAAAGGGAAGUCUGUGCCUCUAUCCCAAGUUGACCUUUAAAGAGCCUGGCUGCCUUUGAGCCAGGAGGAGAUGCUUCCUGGGCAGGCUUGGGGCUAUCUUGAACUUCUGUGGAACUGCAGGAGGCCCUAAGCCGUGGCAGUGGAUCUGGGUGCAACUCUCUGCAUCUCUGUCCUUUGCUCUGUGCCUACGGGUGACCAGGGUCCUCCCCCACCCAAACACACAGUCUGCAGGCCUUCAUGUCUCGCUGUUCUCUAUGAACAAAUGAGGAGGCUGUGGGUCCUCAGAAAGAGUGGUCCCAUAGCCUGGCUUUUACACAGUAUUUUCUCUUGAUUCUGAAUAUGUUCUUCUGGGGUUUUUUUUGUUUUUGUUUUUUUUAAACUGACCACUCGGGAAAAAAAAAAUGCCUUGGUUAUCUGUGGUUUUCAUGCCCUUUCCCAGUCCUUCCCCAGCCCCCUUUUUGAGUGGGGUAACUAUUUUUGUAGCCUAUGUAAAGAGCCUAAGUGGCCCCAGUAGGAGGGUGAAGGCAGUGGUCCAGAGGGCCUGCAGGAUCCUUAUUACUGUAGUUGAGCUUUGAUAGGAAUAACCUGAAUGGAGAAAGCAAACAGCUAAAACUAACAUUCCCUGUCCAGUGCUGUUCAUAUGAAGAGUUUGGUUCUUUCCCCCUCUCUCGAACGAUGAUAUUCACAUUCGGCAUUGACAUUGCAGUAAGAAAGGAAAUAUAUAUGUAUGUGUAUAUAUAUAUAUAUAUAUAUAUAUAUAUAUAUAUAUAUAUAUAUAUAUUUGUACAAAAAUAGACAAAUCCAAGGCUGUGAGGUGAACGAGUGUCUGCGUUUGGAGUCCACAAAACCAAAAUCCAUGUUGAACAAAGUGAAGUCUGUGUACAAUGACUUUUUGGAUAACCUUUGUGUGUCUGUCCAUUGUGUGUGAGUCCCCAGCCCUGUUUUCCUGUGAAUAUACUUUGAAUGGCAGCCAUUGUGCUCACGUCGACCACACGUUCAGAGCAGAAAUGGCGCUCUCAAGGUAAUUUAUUUUACACAUUUACUGUUUACUGAACAAACGUCUGACUGUGUACUCGGGUGUAUCCAGCAGCAUUGUCAAUGGCAGGCCUCCCCCCACCCCCCCAGCCCCGCGUCUGCCAGAGACAACUGUGCUCGAAGUAGAGGCUUUCCUCUACCCAUCACUGCAAUUUGCACAUCGCUCCGUGGACACUCGGAGGCCUGUGUUCUGUUCCCUGUAAAUGGAAACGUGCUCUGAACCUGUCUGCCCCCCUUGGCGCCUCCUGGCCCUAGGUGUCAGCCCCCAGGGGGUGUUCAAAACCACUCGGCACAGAAGGCGAAGGCGGAACUUCAGACAGAAGCUUGAUUGGAUCUUCAAUGACAAGCUUGGACUAGCUGUGGCCCAGACGUCAGCCCUGUGCCUGGAAUUGCCAGGAGAGUUUGGGAGACACCACAGAGCCAAAGGGCUUACCUCUCUCUGCCGAGGUCCAGUGUCAUGCAAGCAAGCCCGUGUGUGGCAGGAGUGGGUGGGAGUGUGUCUGCAGCCCUCAGAUGCCUUUCCUUCCACCGUUGUUGUUGUUGUUGUUGUUGUUGUUGUUGUUGUUGUUUUUUAAAUAAAAUCCCAAACAACUCACUGAAGGAUUCACCAGAAUGAAUCCUUCUUCAGUUAACUGAUCAAAUGGAUGAAGCCUGGCCCUCUCAAGUUUCCUUCCCCAGUUGGGAGUGGGGAACUGGCCUGCGUGUUAACUGUUGGGGUCACUGCAGCGUCCUGCCCUAAAGGCAUGAGAAGAAGAAAAUGGAGCUGCCGGAGCCGGGCUUGAUUCCAGGGGUCACAGUCCGGCCCCUGCCAAGGGGGGGGGGGGCUCCCCUGCCAGGAGAGAGGUGGAAAUAGGGAGCUGAAGGACUAGUCAGGGGGCCAGGGAGAUUUGACUGAAUCUGGUUUUCCAGGUGAACAAGAAGGAAGGGGUUGGUCUGGUCGAGGGUUUGGUGCUACAGUCAGAAGAUUUGCAAAUGCUAACACAUUCCUGUGUGAGGCACAUCACCAUUUGUCAGUUCUUGUGAAUAUGUGUAUUUUAAGCAAUAAGAUUCAGCUGGUCAGACUUUUCUGGGCAGUCUCGGUGACGCAUUUCCUGUGCUGUGAUUGUUCUGAAGACAGAGUGGCUCUAACCACUGUGAGAAGCCCAAAUAAAAUCGAUCCCAAAAACGCGACUGUUCUUUUUUUCUUGCAGCACUUUGGGUUUUUGUUGUUGUUGUUGUUCCCCUUCCUCAUACUUCAAGGCUCAUCCUGCAAGAUUCCUAGCUGCAUUUUUCCCUGGUCCACACAGGGACCGAGAGAAGUCACGGAGCGGUUGAGGACAGGCCCCUGGCCCGAGCAGAGACCACGGGACCAAGGGCAGGCUGGGUAAUGCUUCUGCUGAGGCCACACUUUGUCCUAAGGAGUUUUCCCUAAACCCUCUCUCUGCCAAGGGUAUAUUUCUGAUGUUUGGAAUACUUUGUAAAGUUCCACAAGCAGGUUAGAAUCAGACACAAAAAAAAGCAGAAACAAGUUUUCUCACAUACCCGGAAGCUGAAAUGACAUUUGAAACAAGGCAAGCACUCCGUGAGAUCUUUUAAUGAUGUGAUAGGGGGGUGUCUGGUGGGCUCAGCCGGUGGAGCGUGACUCUUGAUCUCAGGUUUGUGAGUUCGAACCCUGCAUUGGAUGUAGAGAUCACUUAAAAAUAAUAAAAAUCUUGGGGGCACCUGGGUGGCUCAGUCGGUUGAGCGUCCGACUUCAGCUCAGGUUAUGAUCGUGCUGUGCUGUUCGUGGGUGUGAGCCACGUUUGACCUCUGUGCUGACAGCUCAGAGUCUGGAACCUGCUUCAGAUUCUGUGUCUCCUGCUCUCUCGGCCCCACCCCCGCUCAUGCUCUGUCUCUCUCUCUCUCUGUC